AAAUGCUGUCAGCGAACAGGUGUUUUUGAAAGAAGUGUGCAGCAGUUCCCACAGUAAUUAAUUUAUAGUGUAGUGAAUAAUAAAGGAGGAGAUCGAUCGGAAGCAUAAUCAACCUUGGAACCGGUUUUAGUUUCAUUCACGAGGUGCUAAAACAAUAUCUUUCUGUGGUAGCGAGGGACGCUACCGGUGGUACGGGACUGUUUACUUGAACAUAGUGAUGUGCAGCGACUGUGUAUCGCUGAGCUAGCACUCCUGGAGCCUGGACCGGUGACAUGCACGCACAUGCUAUCGAUCUGCCCGGUAUGAGCGCCAGCGCGUGCAGGUGAGAGCGGCGCGGUGGCGAGCAUAAUGCCGCACCAGUUCGGCGCGGGCGCGGGCGGCAUGGCGCAGGGCCCGCCGUCGCCGCCGCCGCAGCCGGGCGCGCUGUUCCCGCGCUACGCGAGCGCCGCGGGCCCGGGCGCCGGCGCCUACCGCCCCGAGGAGCGGCGCCUCACGCGCGAGGCCAUGGAGCGCUACCUGCGCGACCGCUCCGACAUGGUGGUGGUCAUCCUGCACGCCAAGGUCGCUCAGAAGUCCUACGGCAACGAGAAGAGGUUCUUCUGCCCCCCUCCCUGCAUCUACCUGUUCGGGGACGGCUGGCGGCUGCGGCGCGAGCGCAUGCUGCGGGAAGGCGAGACGGAGCAGGCGGCCCAGCUCUGUGCCUUCAUUGGCAUCGGCAACUCUGACCAAGACAUGCAGCAGCUUGACCUCAACAAUGGCAAGCAGUACUGUGCUGCCAAAACCUUGUACAUAUCAGACUCUGACAAGAGAAAGCAUUUUAUGCUCUCAGUGAAAAUGUUCUACGGAAAUGGACAUGAUAUUGGUAUAUUUAAUAGUAAGAGAAUAAAAGUUAUAUCAAAGCCUUCAAAGAAGAAGCAGUCCUUGAAAAAUGCAGACUUGUGCAUAGCGAGUGGGACCAAGGUGGCGCUGUUCAACAGGCUGCGGUCACAGACCGUGUCCACCCGGUACUUGCAUGUAGAGAAUGGGAACUUCCAUGCGUCAUCCACACAGUGGGGGGCGUUCACCAUUCACCUACUGGAUGACAAUGAGAGUGAGUCAGAGGAGUUUGCGGUGAGAGAUGGAUAUGUGCACUACGGUUCCACUGUGAAACUGGUCUGCUCAGUGACUGGCAUGGCCUUGCCCAGGCUUAUAAUAAGAAAGGUGGACAAACAAAUGGCACUCUUAGAAGCAGACGACCCCGUCUCCCAACUCCACAAGUGUGCCUUCUACAUGAAGGAUACUGAGCGGAUGUAUCUCUGUCUGUCGCAAGAGAGGAUCAUUCAGUUCCAGGCCACUCCAUGCCCGAAGGAACCUAACAAGGAGAUGAUCAACGAUGGUGCGUGCUGGACCAUCAUCUCUACAGAUAAAGCCGAGUAUCAGUUCUAUGAAGGCAUGGGACCUGUCAGAUCCCCCGUGACCCCGGUGCCCCUCGUCCACUCGCUGAACCUCAACGGCGGCGGCGACGUGGCCAUGCUGGAGCUGGCUGGAGACAACUUCACCCCGUCGCUGCAGGUGUGGUUCGGUGAUGUGGAAGCGGAGACCAUGUACCGGUGUGCAGAGUCCAUGCUGUGUGUGGUGCCCGAUAUCAGCCAGUUUAGAGGGCAGUGGCUGUGGGUGCGACAGCCUACGCAGGUGUCAAAGAUUAAUGGAAUUUCUCCCCCGCUGCAGGUUCCAGUGUCUUUGGUGCGUAAUGACGGGAUAAUUUACGCGACGGGGCUGACGUUCACGUAUACCCCUGAGCCGGGUCCGCGGCCGGCGUGCACCCCCGUGGAUGACGUCAUGAGGCCCGAGCCCUCCGCCACGUGGCACCACGACGCGCACCGCCUGCCCGACAACUCCCUGCAAUAGCCCGACGCCCGCAGGCCUGCUAGCCUGCAGUGACGCGCCAUCCAAAGAUAAUACCCUCGUAACACCUAGUAGAGUGACCGAGACAGUAUCCUCGGUCGACUACUUGGUCAAUUGCUAGCCGUUGAUUGGUCGAGGUUCGGCCGAAGAUACUGUCUCGCUACUCGGUAGGUGUAAUCAGGGUAUAACACGCGGCCUCUUAUGAAGUGUUGUGCCUAUAGUGCGAAUGUGACAGUGGAACUGUGUUUGAAGUGAUCGCGCAAUAAAGUGUGUAUUACGAUACGUAUUUAUUUUUAACUCGAGUUGAGAUUAUGAACACCAAAAUGUUGUAUUUUAGUAAGAUUGUGUGUCAGGAAGUUUGCAGGACUCUAAAGCAAUGUGUUUUUUCCUUUUA